UCAUUCAGAAUUAAGGAUGAAGUUAUUACUGAAUAGAAGCCGAGCUAAGAAGCUACAAAAGAUAUUGACAUCCAAGAAUAAGCUUAUUUGUGCACUGCUUUACCUAGCAGGGGUGAUAGGAAUAGCACUAUUUGCUGACAUGCGAGUAAAUCAGAACUCAUUUGUUUCGGAAAAUGCUCUUCUCCCGGGAUAUGUCGUUACCAAAUACCAGCAACAAUCGGUAGCAGUGUCCCUCAACAAAGAGUUCUCCUCUCUAACAGACCGAUCAGAGCGUCAUCAGUGGAUUAUAGAGAAGUUCACUGGUCUAGGUGUUGAGGUGUAUACUCAGAACUUUACUGUUAACCGACCCCUCGUGGGUGAUAAGAUAUCCGGAGACAACAUCUACGCCAUCUACCGAGCUCCCAAAGUAGCCAGUACAGAAGCUGUGGUGUUCUCAACCACGCUGAAAGACAGCCAGUUCGCCAUCCCUCUCAUGCUGUCUCUAUGUCACCUGAUUUCUAAGCAAACUAUCUGGGCUAAAGAUGUUAUCUUUCUGAUAUCAGAAGAGGAAGAGUAUGGUAUUGGAGCUUGGUUACAAUCCUACCAUGACAUCAACACUUUACCUUACAUCACAGCUAGUCCUGUACUUACCCACUCAGGUGCAAUACAAGCAGCACUACAUCUUGACAUGCCUGUUUACUCUUUUGAUAGAAUAAGAAUGUACGUGGAAGCUAUUAACGGUCAACUACCUGAUAUUGACCUGGUGGUUUUAGUGAGGCAGAUCUGCAGACAAGAGAGGAUAGAGUUAUUGUUGCGCAACGCGCCGCAUGAUAUCGGUGAUUUUCUGGGAAACCUCCUCGGACUCCACGCAAACAUGGCCUGGCAGGCAGCUGGACGGGUAUCGUUUCCCAGCGCCCUGUACCACCCCUACAACAUCCACGCAGUAGGAGUGCAAACUGAAAGUGUCCUGCGACGCAACAGGUUCUCCUGGCAACACAUUGGGCGCUUUACUGAGAGUGUGUUGCGCAGCGUUAAUAAUCUGGAGGAGCAGUUCCACACUGCUUAUUACUUCUAUCUCAUGCCGUGUAUAGAGAGGUUUGUGUGUCUAAGUGUUUACAUGAUACCAUGUGGACUGCUUCUAGCCUCCGCUGCUGCUAAAGUUCUCAGUUUGUGGUUCCAGUGUGGAACUAAAUCUGAUGUUGUCGGAGCUAAGAUGUUCUUUUCUGAUAUCGAUGUCAAUACGAUAGACUGUGUGUACCCGCUAAUCCACGGUAUUCUGUUCGGACUGAUAAACCAGCUUGCUACCUCCGUGCUAACUCAAAGUAACAUGAUGUAUGUGCUGGUUGCUACACAGGCUGUGGUAUUGUCUAGUGUGGUGCUCACUAAAGUAAGAGAAGAUUGGAGACUUCACCAAGCUUUCGUGUUGUUGCUGCACGUGCUGACGAUUGUGCUAUUGUGUAUGUUGAACAUAUCGCUAACGAUAUUCUACGCUAUUCCUACCACUCUUGUCUACUUACUCCAGUUUCCCACGAAGAAGACAGGGCGAGUGGUACAGAGCGCCCUUCUGCUGGCAGUUAAUCCUCUAGUUCUAGUGUUGGAGUACAGUUACGUGUACGUCUACCUGCACCUCCCUGAUCAAUUACAGGGAUCAGUUUUAGGAGCUGUGCACGAGCACGCUACCUCAGUCAUCGAGAGCAAGUACACGCUGGGCGUGUGGACGUGGAGUGCUUACAGCUACCUACUGCUCCCCGUAUGGGCCCUGCAGUGGACCCUGCAUCUUCCUGACAUAUCUGAGGUUAAGGAGAUUGAGAUGAGGGUGAGGGUGAGGAGGUUACUACCAAUGAGGAGGUUACCUGUGAGGAGGUUACCAGUGAGGGGGUUGGAGAUGGAAAGGAUAAAACUGAGUAGUAAUAUGGAUUAUGGAGUAGGGAAAUGUUUAUUAAUGUAGCGUUUAGGUAUUAUAAAUGCGUUUAAAUGCACUAUAAUUUGUAUUUUUGGCUAUUAGCAAAGCCAUUUGGAUUGGUCAGCAGAAUCUCUUUCAUUUCAGAAUCUUGCUGUUUUUUUUAAUGUUUCGUUUUCGUUCUUGAGUAUUUGAUAUUCUUCAGGAUAUUCUAUAUCUUAUUUUUCAUCGCUAGUUUUGUUUCAUAUAUUAAAUAUAAAUCCUUUUAUGGAUGACUUGCCAUGCGCAUGCGUUGCGUUGCGGUUCUCGCAAUUUUUA